AUGUACGACCCGGAGCUUUCAAUGGCGGCGGCCUCGUCCUCGCCGUCAUUACCGGCUGCCGACUCCAAUGCCUUGACCUACGCCUUCUUGGUACACUCCCAGAAAACCCUGACUCAGAAUCUACCACCUCGAGUCGAUAACAAGCUGCUGGCUCGUCAAAAGCGGCGUCGGACGAGCCCGGAAGACCAUGCCAUCUUGGAGUCUGAAUACCAAAUCAAUCCAAAACCAGACAAGCUCGCUCGCACACAUAUUGUGAAUCGCGUCUCGCUCGGCGAGAAAGAGGUCCAGAUUUGGUUCCAAAAUCGUCGCCAGAACGACCGGAGGAAAUCGAAGCCUCUCCAACCGCACGAGCUGCUUGCACCGCACUCAAGUAUGUCGGACUCGUCGGGCCACCCAGCAAGUGAUGAUAACGCGUCCGCGGAACCGGGGUCGUCGAGUGGGGCAGAGCAGACUGAGGUUCAGGACCGAUCGGAGGAGUCUCGACCAAAGUCAUGGGGCGGGGAGCUGUUGCAGUUAUCAGAUGAAUCUGAUCCGAUAAUGGGCGAGAACGAGAAAGAUGAGAUGGAAGCUCCGUUACCGAGUACACAGACCAGUGUCGCCACGGAGGCUAUUGACGAGACCCCGCCAACCACGCAGGAGGAGUUCUUUGGGGCUGAAUCACAACAAAGUCUGAAUGAGGUAGCAGAAGAGGAAUCAUCGCUCCAAGUGCCCAAGCGGAAACGGUCCAUGUCGGAUAUUCGGGGAGAGGUGGCGAGCGAGCAGCCCGCGGUGCACACACUAACCACACCCGUCAAGUCACCACCUUCGUUGCGUCUGUCACUAUCCUUUGAUGGCGAGGCCAUGGUGCGAAAGGAGGAUGAGAUGACACCGUCGCCGCCCAAGGGUCGGAACUCUUUGCGUAUCGCCAUGUCCUCAGACGGCAAGGCCGUGAUCCGUGGGGAGAAUGAACCCUCCCCGUCCAAAAACCGUGUGGCCAUGUUCUCUGUUCGCCGGCCCAAGAUCUCAGGCCUGCGUCGCAGCAGCAGUGCUAUCUUCCCAACCACGCCGCGGGCCGGCAUGGCCGAGCCCGAUCGAGUCUUCGGUCGCUCUCGCGACCCUCGAAACUGGGAGUCUGCCUUUGACACGGAUGCACGAAGUGCCCUGUCCACCCCAAUGUCCUCUCAAACAGUCCCCACCUCUUCCCCAGGCCUCUUCCAAUCGCGCAGCCAGCGCUCAUUUACACGGAGUGCAUCACAACGACACAGUCUGAUCUCAGUCCAUGCCGAUUCCGCCCGCACACCAAUCUCCCAAUCAAUGGGCGAAAAGAGGCGAAAGCUCUCUCGGACCGUCUCGUCACUGGGCAGGUUAGAAACAGAGCGGAAUCGAGGGUCCCCCUACCAAGUAUCCAAACUGUCCAAGAACAUGACCUCCAAGUCUGGCAAGCAAGAUCUCGACCUUGAUCCCGGUGACUCGGACAAGGAGAAUUGGAUCCCAGGUACUCGAGCCACACAAGUCCGUCGGCGCACUACCUCACACGUCCCACGGCCCGCCCUGCGUGAUGCCAACCGCAAAAGCGGCCUCGGCAUCAUGUCCGGGAGUAAACGCAACCGGCAAUACCCAUCCGGUGUCCAGGGUAAAGCAGGGCCCGAUCUGAGCGCAGAGGUAUCAGCCUUUAUGGCCGGCGGUGCCGGCGGUAGUCAAGAAGAUGACUUGGACUGUGUCCAGGGUCUUCUAUCCCUCAGUCAAGGGGCAUGGCGAUAA